AUGAGACCUCGCGCCAACGAGCCCUCACGCCACACCAAGAGCAAACUCCGGACGAGGGAGUGGGAACCCUGUGCGAGAGAGCGGGGAGGACUGUGCGAGAGAGGGGGGAGGCCUGAGCCAGAGAGCGGGAAGCCUGUGAGAGAGCGAGCGCGUGAGCGGGAGGCCUAUACAAGAGAGAGCGUGAAGCCUGCGCGUGAGCCAGGGCGAGGCCUGCUAGAGGUCACGAGAUCUCACGAGAAACCGGGAGAUCCAAAGAGCGGGAGGCCUGUGCGGGCGGUCGAAGCCUACGUGCAAGCCAGGGCGCGGCCUGCUAGAGGCCACGAGAUCUCGCGAGAAGCCGAGAGAUCCAAAGAGCGGGAGGCCUGUGAGAGAGAACGCGCGUGCGGGCGGUCGAAGCCUACGUGCAAGCCAGGGCGCGGCCUGCUAGAGGCCACAAGAUCUCGCGAGAAGCCGAGAGAUCCAAAGAGCGGGAGGCCUGUGAGAGAGAACGUGCGGGCGGGCGGUCGAAGCCUACGUGCAAGCCAGGGCGUGGCCUGCUAG